AUGCUGCUGCAGGGCAACGACCUCCGCGAGGCCAGCGUGGCCGAGGACGUGGAAUGGUACCAGGCGUUGACGCGCAGCCUGGCGGGGGGGCAUCCAUGGGCGCGCCGCUCCCUGCUGGCCCUGGACGCCCACCCGGCUGCCCCCUCCCCCCGCCUGGUGCUGCAAGCCACGGCCGUCGACGGGGAGAUCCACCUUCGGGACGUGUCCGCGCCGGGGAACCGCAGCUCGGACGGCGAAUGGGUGGCGGAGCUGCGGGAACGGCGCGGUCCUCCGCUCCGCAAACGGGUGCUGAGCAACGACUUGCGCUCCAUGGAGACUCCCAAGUGGCGGCGGGGCGAUGGGUACGUGGCGGGGCCGGGCCACGUGCGGUGGUCGCAGCCGUUCCUCGAGUGCCGAGAUGGGAAAUUCGUCCCCGUUUGGGCCGUCGCUCUGUCUGCUGCCUUCUAUGGGCUGAAGCCCGACCUCAGCCCCGAGUUCAAGGGAGCCGUGCGGGUGGACAUCGAGCUGCGGGAUGUGGGCAUCGAUCAAUGCGACAGCGGGACGGGGUGGUUCGCGGGCACCCACCGCUGCGACCUCAACAGCACCCAGUGCAUCCCGCAGCAGAACCGCGGCUUCGUGUUGGGGCAGUACGCGUGUCGCUGCAAGCCGGGCUUCUACGGGCUCAGCGGCGGGGCAGUGCCGCCUGAGGAUGCCGCUCGCUUGGCGUGCCGCCGGUGCCGGGAGGGCUGUGCGAACUGCCGGGACGAUGCGCCCUGCGAGGUGCAGGAGGAUCGCGCGUUGCGUGCGGCCGUGCUGUGCUGCCAGGCGUGCUGCAUGCUGGCCGUGUUCCUCUGCAUGCUGCUCGCUUAUCACUGCCGGCGGAGCAAGAGGAUCCGGGCGUCGGGCGUUGUGCUCCUGGAGACGAUCCUCUUCGGGUCGCUGCUGCUCUACUUCCCUGUCUUCAUCCUCUACUUCAAGCCCAGCACCUUCCGCUGCAUCGCUCUGCGCUGGGUGCGCGUGCUGGGCUUCGCCAUCGUGUACGGCACCAUCACCCUAAAGCUGUACAGGGUGCUGAGGGCGUUCCUGGUCCGUGCAGCACAGCGUGUGUCCUACACGGCCAGCGGGCGCGUGUUGCGGGCUCUGGGGCUGCUGCUGCUGCCCCCGCUGUGGUUUCUGGCAGCGUGGACCGUGGCAGCAUUGGAGAACGUCGGCCGGAACGUCCCGCUGGUGGUCCGUGCUCAGACUGCCCGAGGGCUGCACUUCUCCGUCUGCAGCCACGACCGCUGGGAUUACAUGAUGGUGGUCGCCGAGCUGCUGCUCCUGCUGUGGGGCAGCGCGCUGUGCUGGGCUGCGCGUGCGGUGCCUUCCGCCUUCCACGAGCCGCGCUAUAUGGGCAUCGCGCUGCACAAUGAGCUGCUCCUCUCGGCCGCUUUCCACGCCGUCAGGUUCAUCGCGGUGCCGUCGCUGCACCCCGACUGGAUGCUGCUGCUCUGCUUCGCCCACACCCACGGCACCGUCACCGUCACCCUGGGGCUGCUUUUUGUCCCCAAGUUCCUGCACGCCGGAUCGCCGCUGCGGGAGGAGAUCGCGGCGGAGGUGUACGAGGAUGAGGUGGACGCGCGGCGCUCCGGGCUGAGCAGCAGCAUCGCGUCCGCAUGGAGCGAGCGCAGCUUCGACCCCGAUGACAUCCGGGAGGAGCUGAAGCAGCUGUACGCGCAGCUGGAGACGCUGCGGACGAGGCGGAUGGCGGCCCGCAACCCGCACCUCCCCGCGCCGCCCCCGGCCCGCAGCUCCGGCAGCCGCCGCUCUUCGUCCAAACGGCCGCACGACGGUACCGGCGGGGGGGGACGGGAGGGGGGCGGCCAGCUCCGAUCCCGCAGCUCCGAGCAUCCGGCACAGGACGCGGCGGCGGGGGGCUGCGCGGAGCCUUCCGACAGCGAAUCUCUGUGCGCCUCUCCGCUGCUGCCCAGAUCGGCCAGCGCCCAGCAGCUCGGGGGGCACGGGCAGCCCACCCGGCUCCGCGCGGUGCUUCUGCAGAAGUCGCUGAGCGCCGGUGCGGGCGCGGUCACCCCGUCCUCGGGACCCUCGGAGCAGGAAGGGGUGUCCCUCUGCACCUCUGCAACCCCGGCCGCGGCCACCCCCCCCCCGCCGCUGCCGGACGGGGGUCCCCCCCGUGAUGCUUCCCCCCCGGUUGACAGCAAGGGGACGAAACGCGUCACUUACGCGCCCGUUAAAAGCGUCAGCGCGGACGGCCCCCAUCCCGCGGGGCGGGUGCGCGUGGUGGUGAAGAGGACCCCCCCGCCCCCCCCCGUGCGCUACCAGAGCCUCCCGCACCGCCACGGGAACAGCGCGGAGCCUCCGGGGCCGCCUGCGGGGACGGCAGCGAAACCCGCGUCCCCCCCGUCGGAGUUGCGCUCCGCUCCCCCCAUCCCCGCCGAGGUUUGUCCGUGGGAGCUGCUCCAGGAGGAGAUGCUGAGGCAAAAGCAGAAUAGCGGCCAAUCUCCGACCUCCGACCCCCCCGGGGACACGGCGGGGACCCCCCCGAGCCUCAAGCCGCCCCCACAAAAGGCUUUCAGAAGUUUGGGGUUUGCCAUCAGAGCCAUCAACCGCUCCAGAGCGAAACGCAGCCUGAAAGAAAGCAGAGAGAGCAGCGAUCUGAAACGGGGACGUGAGCAGGAGGAGGGUGGCGGGGGGGGGCAGCCCGGUCUGGUAGAGACCCCCCCGCCGCCCCCAGCAGGGAGCAGCCCAGAUCCCAACCUGCGGGAUGGGGAUGUGGAACCCUCUCAGUGCAUCACCGCCAGCUCUGCAUCUGAGACCCCAAUGAUGGGGGACAGCGAGGGGACGGCAGAGGGACAGAAGGAUGGUGCCGCCGGGGGGGGCACGGGCGCUGGUGAGGGUCCGAUGUCACCCUCGGUGGCCAUGCAGCCCUCUGGCACUGACGCCCUGUGUGUAGCACAGAGUGCAGGGAGCGCGGGGCCGAGGGCUGAGGUCUGUCCCUGGGAAGCACUGAGUGCCCCGGGGGGGUCUGCGUCCCAGCAGGAGGGAAAUGGGGGGGUCCCAACGGUGGGAAGCAGCCCCAUGAAGGCGCUGGGGAAGGGUGGCAGCCAGCCUGCUGCUUGUGGGGGGGGGAGCGAGGGGCUGCCCACCAGGAGCAGGAGUGCAGAGGCGGGGGUCUCCCCAUGGGACACAGAGAGGGGGGCUGGGGGGCAGGGAGGAGCGCAGCUGGAUGUGUGCAGGGUUCUCAAAGGGGACGGCAAACCCGGGUGGAGGGGGACCGAGGAGCACAGAGGGAAUAAAGCAGAAAUCUGCCCUUGGGAGGAACAGGGGGGAUCAGGAGUCAGCAAAGCAGAAAUCUGCCCCUGGGAGAGUCAAGGUGGGUCAGCGUGGAGCAAGGCAGAAAUCUGCCCUCAAGAAGGACAGAGGGGGUCAGGGGGGAGCAAAGCUGAAAUCUGCCCUUGGGAAGGACAGAGUGGAUCAGGUGGGAGCAAAGCGGAGAUCUGCCCUUGGGAGGAACAGGAGGGGCCAGGGGUCAACAAAGCAGAAAUCUGCCCCUGGGAGAGUCAGGGGGGAGCAGGGGGGAGCAAAGAGGAGAUCUGCCCCUGGGAAACGGCCACCCCCCCUGUGGAGCAGCCGAGGAUGAAGCUGAGCUCUGGGGGGGCUGCGAAGCGCAUCACACGUCAGGCAGCUCUCGUCAGCCCUGCAAGGUCCGUGGAGAGCCUGGGGGUGUCCCGCAGUGCUGAGAGCCCAAAGGCAGAGAUCUGCCCUUGGGAGACCCUGGGGAGCUCCGGGGGCAGAGAGGAAAUCUGCCCCUGGGAGGGGGCUGCUCUCCCAUCUGAUAAAGGGGAACUGAGAGAAGCCCAGGAAGGCGCAUCGGGAGGGGGCAAAGGCGCUGCUGCACGUCGGGGUCUGCAGAAAGAGAGGGGAGGAAACGCGUCUGCAAAGCAGAGGGGCAGUGGGGAACGUGAGGCCGUGUGCCCCUGGGAGAGCGCAGAGCUCUGCACAUCGAGGGGUCAGGAGCCCAGAGCCAGGGAUAAAGCUGAGAUCUGCCCCUGGGAGGAAGAUUUGGAGGAAGGAGCUCCGAGGAAGGCAAAGAGCCUGGGUGAUUCCAGAGCUGCAGGGAUGGGGAGCAGCCAACGUGAGGCUGUGUGCCCCUGGGAGAGCGUGGGGGCAGAGGAGCCAGCCCUGAGCACGGCGACGGGGAAGGAAGGAUCCAGAAAGCGUGAGAGCGCAGAGAGCAGAGCUGCCGUCUGCCCCUGGGAAGCAGCAGAGCCCGGUGCUGGGCAGGAGAGCUGCAGCCCCGGAGAACAGCGCAGGAGAGCGGCCCCUGUUGGGGUCAGGGAGCACCGGGCGCUGCGCCGCAUCCUGCCUGCGGCACCGGGGCGAGCUCACGCAGCACAGCAGCACAGGGGGCCCAGCGCAGCUGAGGUCUGUCCCUGGGAAGCCGAGGAGGGUCCGGAAGCCCCCAGCAGCCCAACCCUGGGAGCGGUCGCUGUGUGCCAUGGGGAGAAAAGCCCUGGGGAGAGUGAGAGGGAUGCAGGAGCGUCCAGAGCUGAGGUCUGCCCGUGGGACUGUGAGUAGAACUCAGCUCAGCCCUGGGGUGCAGGGAGCUGCCCACACUGCGUGGAUGGGGGUGGAAGCGUCCAACAAAGCCACGGUGCUGCAGCAACCGCAGCAACGACGCUGCCUGUGUCAGAGAUCCAGGCUCUGAACUGUUUGGGCAUCACAGAGGUUUGGAGCUGAAUGGCAUCAGGGCCCCGAGCGCCACGGGGCUGCGGUUCAUGCUCUGUCAUGAGCUCAAGGGGAGGCAAAGCAGGGGCAGCUGCAGUGCAGCAUACAGGAGAGCAACUGCCCAGAGCCCAGCGCUGCUGGAUGCGGGGCUCAUCCCACCAUCCCUUCUCCAUUUGCUUCCUCUCUCCUUGGGAGGAGCAUUGGGAUCUCCAGCACCA